AUGACAGACCAAAACAAGGGAUCGCAAAAGACUUACAGGGAGUCCGCGGGAGAGUACUACAACCAAAAGUACGAGACAUGGAUGCCAUGGAUCGAGGACCAGUACCUGAAGUGGUUCACCAAGGAUAACAAGGCAUCCUACGCUACCAAACAACAACUCGACCAGACCAAGGUCACAGGCAUCGACCAAGUCGACAACCUCCAAGACGGCGUAAACAACCUCGUCGGCGGCCAAGUCGGCAAGGGAGGCCUAGCACAACCCCUCGGUGAUGCCGUCUCCAAAGAGGGUAUCAACCGUGCUGAGCGUGGCGGCAAGGACGACAAGGGAAACUCUAUUGAGAGUCAAGGACCACUGGGUGGGUAUGGACAAAGUGCUGCGGAUGGUGUAAAGGGGGGUGCGAGCAGUGUUGCUGGCGGCGCGAAGAGUGCUGGUGGAUACGUUGGAGGCAUGUUUGGCGGCGGCAAGGGAAAGGAAGAGAAGAAGUAG